AUGCACUCCAGUGUCCAGGAUGAUGAAUUGUUGAGGAAAUUCUGGGAAUUAGAGGAACCAUCUGGAACAAAAAGGAUGCUCACGGAGGAAGAAACCAAAUGUGAAGAACUAUUCAAGACAACGACGACAAGGAAUAAGGACGGCAGAUAUGUCGUAAAGUUGCCGGUACGGGAUACAAACCUGGUCGAUCAAGGCGUUGAAUCCAAGGGGAUCGCUGAAAAAAGACUGAAAGGGUUAGAAGUAAGGUUAGCGAGAAAUGAUAAAUUAAAGGUUGAGUACGCUAAGGUGAUACAAGAAUAUUUAAGUCUCAAUCACAUGGUAGAAGUAUCAGAUAGGGAUAGUAUAAGGGGAGUUUACUUACCUCAUCACGCUGUAGUCCGUGAGGAUAGAGAAACAACAAAGGUGCGUGUUGUAUUUGAUGCUUCCUGUAAGUACAAUAACGGGCGGUCACUGAACGAUGAUUUAAUGGUUGGCCCAGCUUUGCAAGACGAUCUUCGUCAUAUCAUUAUGCGCUGGAGAGUACAUCGAAUUUGUAUAGUGGCUGAUAUAGUGAAAAUGUACCGACAAGUUUUAGUUAAUAGGCAAGAUACUCCAUUACAACGAAUACUUUGGCGGGAUGAUCCUGAAAAGGAAAUAAAGGCUUAUGAAUUGAUAACGGUUACCUUCGGUACAGCCUCGGCACCAUACUUAGCUGUGAAGGCUCUUCAACAGCUUGCAGCUGAUGAAUGCGGGGACAAUUUAGAUCUGGCCAAAAUAAUAGUAAGCGAUUUCUAUAUGGAUGAUUUAAUGUCAGGAGCUGAAACUGAAGAAGAUGCAUUUAAAAUUUAUACGGAUAUAACCAAAAUUCUAGGUAAAGGCGGAUUUGAAUUACAAAAAUGGAAAAGCAAUUGUCAAGGAUUAUUAAAUAAAAUUAGAGAUGGAAAUGAUGAAGCGUUACAGAUUAAAACAGAUGAAUUAACAAAAAUCUUAGGACUUACCUGGAAUGCGCGCGACGAUUGCUUCCAAUACUCCCUGGAGCUUAAGCCAAUAGCUGGACCUGCAACAAAAAGAAAAAUUAUUGCGGAUAUUACACGAUUGUUUGAUCCACUGGGGUGGUUAGCACCAAGCAUAAUAGUAGCAAAAACAUUAAUUCAAAAAUUGUGGUUAGCAGGGCUGCAGUGGGAUGAAGAAGUUCCAAAGAAUUUAUUAAAAGAAUGGGUUACUUACCGUGAAAACUUAGCUUCUUUAGUUGAUAUAAAAGUGCCACGUUGGUUGAACACGAAAAAGCAAGUAAAACGAGAAUUAUACGGGUUUUCAGAUGCUUCUAAGUUAGCAUACGCGGCGGUCGUAUACCUUAGAGUAGUUGAUGAUAUGGGUUAA